AGACGGCGAAACGACGCAAAACAUCAUCCGCGAAUACCGCAUCAACGACAAGGACACCGGCUCCGCCGAGAUCCAGGUCGCGGUACUCACGAGACUAUCAAGCAGCUCACGACCACCUGCGCAUGCACGCAAGGACGUCAUCUCCGACGCGGUCUGCAGGGUAUGGUCUCCAGACGCCGGCGGUUGCUGAACUACCUGAGCAACGAGGACGUCAACCGCUACCAGACACUCAUAGCCAGGCUUGGCUGCGCCGGUAAAAUGUCGCCGACAACCCCGACGUGUCGGGGUUGUUUUCGUCUAGCCACGUCCCAUCCCUGCUUGUAUCCCUAA